GGGUUACGAGCAAACGUGGUGAGCGCGCUAGUCAUCCGAGACAGAUCGUGGCCGGCAGCAGCAUUCGUGCACAGAACGCUUCUACCGGCUGCCUGGUAUAGGCUUCCGCCCCUCAAACACACACGCACGCAGCGCCGCACCGGUGCUCGUUUCGAGAGACGUCGUCGACGACGGCGAGACGACAACAAGCAGAAGGAGAGCCGAGACGGCGCACCCAACCAGUCAGCAGCAGCAGCCGACGAGCGAGUCAGUCAACUAGCGAGCCGGAAUCAUGAGGACGUCGCAGCGUCGAGUCCGUGCCAUCUCCUGGGCGCCCGCGCUCCUGUUCGUCGUGACAGCCGCUAGCACGAUCUUCUCCGUCGAUGGCAGCGGCGCCGGCAAGUGCGUGAUGCGGGGCGUCUGCGACGCGGACGGCACCAGGGCGCCGUGCGUCUACGACGGCGAACCCAAGGCCAUCGAGAGCGCCGCCGCGCGCGGAGUCCUGGAGUCCGUGUGCGGCGACGUGCUGGGCAACGUGUCGCAGCCCCUGUGCUGCGACGCCAACCAGGCGGAGGACUUCGCCGAGAACCUCCAGUCGGCCAAGGCUAUCGGACUGGACAACUGCGCCGCCUGCAGCCGCAACUUCCGCGCGCUCAUGUGUCUCAUGGUGUGCUCGCCGCGCCAGGCCGACUUCAUGCAGCUGCUGACGAGCGAGGUAAGCGAGGAGAAGGAGCGUUACGUCGCCUCGUUGAACUACUACGUGACUCCCGCAUUCGUGCGAGGCAUGUUCGACUCGUGCAAGGACUCGCGCAGCAAGAUCCCUUCCAUCGGUCUCUUCAACUUCAUGUGUGGUCGCUGGGGCGCCGACUGCACGGCCGAACGUUGGCUGGGUUUCCUCGGCGCGUCUCCCAGCGACGGAGGCCUAUCGCCCAUGACUAUCAAGCACGUACAGACGGACAAAGAACACAAGACGCCCGAGGGAACUGUUUUCAAGCCACUGUCAGUCGAGCCAUUUGCGUGCAACCAGGACAGGGGUUCGGUCAAAGCCUGUUCCUGCGAAAAUUGCAAGGCGGCUUGUGCAUAGUGCGAUAUCUGUAUUCGAUGUUCCUCAUUGUUUCUGCUUCAUACUCCACUGAAGACGCAUUCAAGCCACAUCGGUGGCUGAAAAUGGCGACGUGUGGUUGAAGCGUGUGUGCGGGUUCGUGUGUGGUGUCCAACCAAAUUCUCGAAUAACCAGGACUGUCGACUUCAGCUUUGUAACUGAAGCAAUGAGGUAAAGUGCCAUGUGAAUUAAUAAAUAUUAAGGGCCAAAAACCCCCAACAGAUUUCCGGUGUAAAUCGUUUGAAGAUACGUUUAAUGCAUAGCCUUCAUUUCUGGAGACAUUGCUCUAGAACUGCUCUAGAAGUGCCAAUUUCUCUAGAAGUACCGCCUUUUCUAGAAGUGCCCAUUCGAUCGACGAGCCUCUUGAGCGUCGAUCUUACGUCAUGAUCUACCUGAAUGCUGUGGGCGAGAAGAUCCGCGAGAUGACUGUACUGUCGCUUACAGUAUUGUUUUUCCAAGUGAAUUCAACACGAGUGACCAACGCGUCGUAGUGUGAACCGCGGCUGUUUAUCGUGCUUUUCGCUUCGUCAAGAUUUCUUUCGAAAUGUUUGUUCACACGUUCACCAUUUGUCCUGAAAACGCAAAUAAAUCCGAGCAAACAUAGAA